AUGUCGUCGGGAAAAGUCAAGACUGCCCAGCUCUGGGGCAAGAACAAGGAGGAGUUGGCCAAGCAGCUCUCUGAGCUCAAGGCUGAACUCGGCCAGCUCCGCAUCCAGAAGGUUGCCUCCUCCGGCUCCAAGCUGAACAAGAUCCACGACCUGCGAAAGUCCAUCGCUCGUGUCUUGACCGUCACCAACGCCACUCAGCGAAACCAGCUCCGCCUCUUCUACAAGAAGGCCAAGUACCUGCCUCUCGACCUCCGCCCCAAGCAGACCCGUGCCAUCCGACGCCGAUUAUCACCUGAGGACAAGGCCCGUGUUCUGGAGAAGACUAAGAAGCGCAACACCCACUUCCCUCAGCGCAAGUUCGCCAUCAAGGCCUAA